CAUGAUGUUCCUAUUGUCUAAAUCUCAAACUUUCUUCGGGCCUGUAAUGCUGACCGAAAUGCAGCUCUUCAGCUAAAAAUGGUAACCAGAAUGUCCUCCCUCUGGAGGAACCUCCGGUCCUAUCAGAUCUACGGAGCAAAUACCAAUGUCGGCAAAACGAUAAUGUCGACAAUCCUUCUCAAGGCACAUGCUCGAAAGUUCCCUUCAGAAAAUACAUGGUACUUGAAGCCUGUCUCUACAGGACCUCUAGAUGAAGCAGAUGAUAGACAUAUCUCUCACUUCGCUCCCGGCGUCCAGACGAAAUGUUUCUACCAAUUCGAUGAAGCAGUGAGCCCGCAUAUUGCUGCUCGAUCAAGUGAGCCGCUCUCGGAUACCUCUGUUCAAGAACAAGUUUUGUCACAUCUAUCGUCAUGUGCCAAUUCCGGCUCAGGUCUACUCUUUCUCGAGACUGCAGGAGGAGUCCACUCUCCCACGCCAAGCGGAUCCUCACAAGCAGAUCUCUUCCGUCCUUUACGUCUACCAGUUUGUCUGGUGGCUGAUCACCAUCUGGGUGGAAUCUCAGCCACAAUUUCUGCAUUCGAGUCUCUCCACAUAAGAGGCUAUGAUCUUGAAACUGUAUGUCAAUUCGAAGACCAGAAAUAUCAGAAUCACGAAUACCUUAGCAACUAUUUCGCAAAGAAGGGGAUCUUGUCACCGUCUCUCCCUCCUCCACCAGCACGAGACCAGGAUCCAGAAGCAGAUAUGGAAGCCAUGUCUGCUUAUUACGAUAAAAUGAGUGUCCUCGACCGGGUGGAAGAGACUUUAGAUUAUCUGAUACAGAGACAUGCUACGCGGAUCCAGGUUAUAGAAGAGAUGUCCGAGAAAGCUCACAAGACAAUCUGGUAUCCCUUCACUCAACAUCGAGAAGUCUCUCCGAAUACAAUAAUGGCUAUCGACUCAGCUCACGGAGACUUCUUCCAAACAUACUCAACCUCAAGUUCUUCACCUACUACCGCUCCACCAGACGAAGGUCUCCUUGCACCAACCUAUGACGGCUCCGCAUCCUGGUGGACCCAAGGCCUCGGCCACUCCUCGCCAAGUUUAACCCUCGCCUCAGCCUACGCAUCCGGUCGCUACGGCCACGUAAUGUUCGCCGGCACAAUCCAUGCACCAGCUUUGAACCUCGCCAAUACUCUCCUCGAAACGGUUAACAACCCUCGAUUAUCACGUGUGUUUUAUUCGGAUAAUGGGAGUACCGGAAUGGAAGUUGCUAUCAAGAUGGCUCUAACAGCUGCUAACUCUGUUAGCCCAACAAAGCACAAGGUUGAUAGAAAUCUAGGGAUCAUAGGGCUUAAAGGGAGUUAUCAUGGAGAUACGGUCGGUGCUAUGGAUUGUUCAGAACCGAGCACUUUUAAUGAGCGUGUCCACUGGUAUCAAGGACGAGGGUAUUGGUUUGAUUUUCCGCAAGUCAAGAUGAAGAGAAUGGAGUGGAUUGUUGAAAGUCCCGGUGGGUUGGAGAGUGAGUUUGGUGGGACUACCAAGUUCGAGUCGCUUGGUGGUAUUUUUGACAUUCAGGCUAGACUGAAGUCUGAGUCUGCAAGAUCAUAUAGGAAACAUAUCGAGAAGACGCUGGACAGUUUGAUCAGAGUAGAAGGAAUGGAAUUUGGUGCUUUGGUCAUGGAGCCAGUGAUCCUCGGAGCAGGCGGAAUGCUCUUCGCCGAUCCCCUAUUCCAACACCUCCUCGCCUCCACAAUCCGCUCACUCCCACUCUUCUCACCCCCUUCCAACCCCUCAUCAACAGCUUGGCGUGGCCUCCCUGUGAUCCACGACGAAGUAUUCACCGGCCUCUACCGCCUCGGCGUCCCCUCACCCUCCACUCUAAUCCAAACCUACCCCGACAUCUCCGUACACGCCAAACUCCUCACUGGUGGUCUUGUUCCGCUCUGCGCCACGCUAGCUAGCGAGAGUAUCUAUGAUGCGUUCUUGGGAGAAGAGAAAGCUGAUGCGUUGUUGCAUGGUCAUAGUUAUACUGCGCAUGCGGUGGGUUGUAAUGUUGCUCUGCAGAGUUUGAGGGAGUUGACGAGCUUGGAGAGGGAGGGGGCUUGGAACGGGUGUAUGGAGGAUUGGAAGACGAGUGAUACGGUGGGAGAAAGCAAUGGAAGUGAGGUGUGGAGUGUGUGGGGAAAGGGGUUUGUGAGUGAUAUUUCGAUGAGUAGGGAGGUUGAGAGUGUGAUUGCGUUGGGUUCGGUGUUGGCUAUAAAUUUGCAAGAUGAACACGCUGGUUAUAGCUCAACAGCAGCUACCGGACUACAGAAGAAGCUAUUAGCCGGAUGUGAAGAUUUCAAAAUUCACAAUAGGGUAUUGGGAAAUGUGUUGUAUCUAAUGGCUAGUCAGACUUCAAGACCGGAGACGUUGAGGAGUAUUGAGAAGCUGUUGAUGAAAUGCUUGCUAUAAAAUCGGAGGCGUUAGCUUACACGAAAGAUAUCUCAGUGGUUUAGGAUCUAGAGGGCUUUGGAGAACAGAUGGUACAGAGAGCAUGCU